AAUCUCCACGCAGUAAUCUCCCUUUUAAUUCACUCAGCGGCAAACUGUCAUGAAAGUUACAACAGAAAUUUGAACGUAAAAAAAGUUGUAGCAAUAUAUGUAUAUACAUAUUUAUCCUUAAUCAAAAAUAGGGUAAAAAAUCAUGCAGUGUGUUUGGAUUUCAUUUUUUAUUUUGAUGACUUUGACCUUUGUUGAUGCAGAGGACAGAGAUGAUUGGAUAGAUCCAAAUGACAUGCUGAACUUUGACCCAUCAACAAAUACUAUGAAGAAAAAAAAGGUGCAAAUUCCUGAUUUAAAGACUAUAACUACAACACCAUCGUCACAACAAGGUUCUGUACCUCAGAGUAACGAGUGCCCACCUUGUGAGAGUAUUCAUACAGACAAAGAGUGCCCUCAAUGUGAAGACUGUAAUGUGGCGGACAGGGCAUGUCCCGAGCCAAUCUUGUGUCCACCGUGUCACUGUGAGCAGCAAAAAGAUUGUGUUUGUGAACAAGCAGCCCUUCCUCUUCUCAGACAGUAUAUUAAAUCAAUAUUGAGUCAUGUAGGAGAAAUGCAUCCUGGUACUGGGAAAGAAGAAUUCAUGUUUCAUGUUUCACUCUCACCGGACAGAUUUGUCAUGCUGGAAAAGUUUGUAGCAACUGGUAAUCAAAAACAUGUGCAUGACGUACAUGAAAUUCUCUCUACAAUGAUUCAUAGAGUCGCAUCGUCUGAACUCGGAACAAUGGAAAAAACGGCAUUGUGGCUCGAGGACAAAAUAGGGCUCAAACUCGACCGUCUUAUACAGUUUUUCAUGCUUGGUGCCCUGGCUUCAGUAGUGUUAUUGAUAGAGUUAAAGCUACAUAUAGCAUGGAGAAGACGCGUCAGUCAGCUCAUUGUCCUCAUGUUUGUUAUAAGUGUACCAUGGACAUGGUAUGAAUUAUACAAGCAUGCAGAGAUAAAGCAGCAGUCAGUCGCAUCAAGGAAAGUACCGAAAGAGUGCCAGGGUGGCGAGAGUGAUGUAUGGUCAACAUUGAAGUCAUACUUUACCUUCCAAGAUGACAAAUGUCACGAGUACUAUGAACAUUUGAUGAUUGACCCAUUUGUCAAAGUGCCUCCUACAAAGGCAAUAGCAGUAACAUUUGUGAGAUUUUUUGUGGCUCCUUUGAAAGAUGUUGGUGGUGCCAUGAGCGAGUUUAUACGUGCUCUUCUUAUUGACCUUCCUGUGACCCUGUACCCUGUUGCCAUAGCAAUGGUUGCAUUAUUUUUCUUUAUGUUUCUAUUCAUGUGGUUUGGAUACAGUAUACGUCUGCCGUUGUUUCUGACUAUAGAGCGCAGUCCACAAUUGUCUGUAGCAGAUAGUCAGUUACACCAGACCGUACAACAGGCAAUACAAGAAAACAGUCAACAAACAGUAGCUCAGAUUAAAGAACUGCAAGAGAGGAUAGAAUCACGAGAAUCUGAAUUAGCUGAUAAAUUAUCCCAGCUUGAGAAGAAACAGCACCUUGCUUUAGAGUACAUGUCAUCGGAACCAUCCAGUCCUGCUGUCUCUCCUACCAUUUCAAGGUCAGAGGUCAGGGAAUCUUCCAAAAUAUCUGUGUCACCUGUCAAGGCCAAAUCUUCCUGCUCUGACCUUGAAAACAGAGAUGAUGAUGGUGAUAAAAUAACAAGCACCAAGGUCAAGGACAUCAUGAAUGACAAGAGAAAUAUAUCUGCUGCGGCAUGUGAUAAUAACUGUUCACAAGAUGAUAUUGUUACAUUAAAGCCGGAUGGUUUGAGAGAAUGAUGUGUGGUAGAUGGAUCAAUGUGAAGAGAAUAAAUCUCAAUUUCAUG